UGUCCAACGGACCUGUCCCGAGCCUUUGGUAAAUCACAAUUGCAUUUCCAAGCAGCGACCAUGAGCUACGACGACGGCAAGAUGCCGAUCGCACUCGUGCUGCAAGUGGCGCUGGGGCUGGCGUGCCUGUACGUGGCGUGGUGCAUCUUGCGCCACUGCUGCUGCCUCCCGACUCAAGCCGCGCUUCUCGAACAAGACUUUUUAGGUAACUUUGCAGACGGCCUCGAGCGCCAGAACCUCGAUGAUCCCAACGCCGUGCGCUGGGCGUGUCCGAUCUGCGCCUUCGAAAACCAGCUUCGCACAAUGCACUGCGUCCUCUGCGACGCCACCAAAGACACUGUACCGACCGCUGCCUUGAGUCUCCGGCAGCAGAGUGCCAUGCGCCGCAAACAGUGGGCGCGCACUCUGUCGCCGGCCGGUGUGCUGCAGUGGUCCUCGUCCGAGUCCAUGCAUGGCCAGUACGUGAUUACCUACGACGCAUUAGCUGCCACGGUGGCGUGGACGCCGCUGGCGUCUCUGUCGCCCGACGUCGCCCCCGCGUUUGGCGAGACGCUUGCGUUGUGGCAGUGGCGCCACCUCCUCGCGCUUCAGGACGCAUCCUUUACCACCAAGGUCGCUGCGUUAUGCACUGUGCUCAGCCACACGUCGCGACCCGCGACAAAGCUCAACGUGUACCGAGACCUCGCGUUCGAGUCGAUAGAUAUGCUCUUGCAGAUCCCACAUGCCUCUCUCUGCUCGACGACCAGCAUCACAAUGCUUGGCGAGAGUGGCGUCGACGCCGGUGGCCUCCAGCGCGAGUGGUACAGCCUCGUACUCGCGGCCAUCUUGGCGCCGUCGCGCGGUCUCUUUUGCAUCAACCACAAAGACGACGGGGCAUACAUGAUUGACCCGACGACGAGCCUCGACGCGGCCAACUUGUCUGCCUUUCGCGCUGUGGGCCGGCUGCUUGCGCGGGCACUCCUGGAAGGCCAAGUGCUGCCGCAGCCGCUCUGUGUGCCGCUGUUAAAAGCACUGGUCGGCGCGCCGCUCUCGGUCGCCGACAUUGCCUUUCUCGAUCCUGUCACCGCCUCCAGUUUGCACUACGUUGCGACCGCGUCCUCGGUCGACGACCUCUGCUUGGACUUUACUGUCUCGACGGGCACUGAUAAGGACCUCGUGGCUUUGGUCCAGAACGGCCACGACAUGCCCGUGACACUUGCGAAUCGAUCGGCGUAUGUGGACUGUAUGGUCCAAUACCUCUUGUUUGACCGGAUCGCGCAGCCGCUUGCGUCGCUCCUGCGCGGGUUCAACGAGGUCAUGCCACCCGACGUGCUUUUGUCGUUUGACUACCAAGAGCUCGGCCUCUUACUGUUCGGGACUGCGGCCGACAUUGACGUGAGCGAGUGGGAGCGCUGCACCAAGAUGGCUCUGGCGCACGCGGCGACGGAGACUGCGCAGUGGUUCUGGGCCCUCGUGCGCGAGAUGACGCCGACGCAGCGACGGCACUUGCUGCAGUUUACGACCGGCUCGUCCCGCGUGCCGAUCCAGGGGUUUCCAGGUCUCACGAGCUUUGACGGUCGACUCUGCCCGUUCACUGUUGAAGCGAUUCGCUACACGCGCGGUGUCUACCCGCGGGCCCACGCGUGCUUCAACCGCAUCGACCUGCCGCUGUACCCGACCAAAGACUUGAUGCGAGAGGGUCUCUGCGCGCUCGCACAGCUCGAAUACGCCGAGUUUACGAUCGUCUAGUCCUUUCUAUAACCUGCAAACGCAAUGUGAUAUGUCUGAGUCGACA